CGUCGCUUUACUUCCGGUUAUGUUCCGCUGUCUGUUGGCUUGAGUUAGCUGCUUCGUGCUAGGCAAGGAAAUGUCCCAUUCUGGUGAAUUGUUACCGCAUAAUUUCAACUUUCUGUAAGCAGACAGACAUGUAGCGGCGACUGUAGAAUAAACACUGCCACUUGGUGUGUGUUUUUAAAGCCUAGUCCUGUCUCAAACCCCACCAGGUUUCACACUGUUGUAGUUUACAAACAGUAACGUUGCGGAGCACGACGUCUUCUGUCCCCCACUAUAAACUAGCACGACGACUCCCCAAAACCAGUAAGUCAGUUGGCCUCUUUUAACUGGUUUUCUUCCGCAUAAGCAGAGUUUAGACUGCGACAGAAAGUAAAGGAACCCAUCUUUAGCCAUGUGCAUCCGUCUCUGCAGUGUGCAUGAAUGCAGGACACUCUUGUAAGCAACCACAGGAAAAAAAAUGCCAUCGAGAAAUCAUCUUGACAAAAUCGGAAGGAAGAAGAAGAAGAAAUGGACAGAGGAGGCCAUGGAACGUGCACUGAUUGAGGUGAAGUCGGGAAGGUGUACGGUGAGACAGGCUGCCAAGGAGUUUGGAGUCCCUAAAUCUUCACUGGGGGACAGAGUCAGUGGACGGGUGACACCAGGGAGUCGCAGCGGGCCAGCUCAGCUUAUAACAUCUGCCGACGAGGAGCUGUUGGUGGAGUUCUCUUUAUAUAUGUCCAAGCACGGAUUUCCACUGACCAAGCAACAGCUGGUGUCCUUUGCCUCAUCCAUUUAUAAGCGGCAGCAUCGGAGGGUGGCAUUUUCUAAACUAGGCCAGACCUGGUGGCUCAAUUUUAGAAAACGGCAAGAAAAGAAUAUUACCAUUCAGCCAGCAGACAAUGUUGUCCGUGGGAGGACAGUAUGUGUGAGGAAGGAAGCAGUGGAUCAGUUUUUUCAUUUACUGAGCACUGUCAUGGACGCUCAUGGGCUCAGAGACAAGCCUCACCAAAUCUUCAACUGCAAUGAGAUGGGCUUUCAGCUGGGCAGGAAGAGGGUGAUUCUCCCCAAAUCUGCCAGUCUGGGCUACAAGCCAGCACCAGGCCUGAGGGACCACAUCUCUGUCCUGGCUUGCUUUAGCGCAGCUGGAGAGGACGUUCCCCCAUUUAUUAUCUACUCAAAGGCCUAUCCAGGGGGAGUCUGUUACAAGACACAAGGGCCUCUGAAUGCCCUCUAUGGAUGGUCAGACUCGGGGUGCGUCAACUCUGACCUUUUCAAGAAAUGGUUCCUCAAACACUUCCUCCUGCACGCACCGAAGAAGCGCCCGCUGCUGCUGAUGUUCGACGGCCACAAGUCCCCCGUGAACCUUGAGGUGGUGGAAGCAGCUCGUAGGGAGGACGUCAUCCUCCUGUGCCUUCCGCCUCAUUGCUCUCACAUCCUGCAGCCGCUCGACGCGGGUCUCUUUGUCCUCCUGAAGCAGCGUUUCGCUGCACUCAUCGGUGAUGGUGGCGCCGCUGAUAAUCACUUUGCAGUCAGCAAGAAAGAGUUCUCAGGUGUGUUUAAAGGGGCGUAUCAGAUAGUGAACGAGGAGGAGGAGGAGGAGGAGGGUGCCAGGACUGUGAAGGAGGGCUUUAGGAAAUGUGGCAUCUACCCGUUAAACCACUUCACCAUCAACGAGGAUCAUUUAAUGCCAUCGCUCGGCAUUGGCCCGGCAGCUGGACCCUCGCUGUCCACAUCAGCACAGGGGGUGCACACUGUAGGAGACCUCACAGCUGCUGGACCCUCCUCCUAACUCAUUACUACCCAAGACUAUCAAUCAGCUGUCAGUACCUUUAAAGGAAAGAGUUUGACUGCAUAAUUUAACAACACCUGAAUGAAGACAGACUGUAUCUGCCAUUUGAAAUACUGAAUGGUUUUACACUCCCUCCCUCAGCCUCCCUGCAGAGUGCUCUGUUUGUCAGAAGAGAAGGAAUGUGUUGAUAUUAAUUACCGUUGUGCUCAGAUGUGAUAGUUAAGGGAAAAUGUUUGAAUCCUGCACAACAGCAGCUUCCAACCCCGCGGAGGCCUAAAGAAGAUUAUCAAACGAAUAAGAAAGGGAAAAAAAAUGUAUUUCUAUAUUGUCUAAGAUUUCUCUAUUUAUUGCCUUUUUCUUGUGAAAUACGGGAUAACUUUAAACUCUUCAGGCCUGUAAAAAUCAUACAAGCUGAGGCAGAAACAUGGGUUCAUUUUAGGGAACACAAUGCAAAAAGGUUGCCAACCUACUGUUGUAUAACAAAUUAAUUUAAGCUCUGUCAUUUUGUUCUUGUGUGUCAUGUAAUUGAUGGCCAGCCAGCUACAUAAGCUAACUUAUAUCAAGCAGUGUGAAUAGUUGUGCUUGAUUUAUCUUCUAAUCUACUAUGUGUGUAAUGUGAGCUAGUUUUUGUAACUCUGCUCUGGACUGAUCAAACAAGUUGUUUACUCAUUUAACGUGUAUUCAUUCAGCUGUUAACAGAUUCACCUCGUUGUUCUUAACAUGCCUACGAAGAUAAAAGGACAGAUUUAAAACGUCCACGUUAUUCUCCAUAGUUACAGGAACUAGUACAUUGUGAAAAUGUAGUCAAAUGUUGCCGUCUGUCAAGAUUUAUUAUGGUCCAGUAUCCGUUCAAGCCUGCUGUCAAACCCACUGAGAGAACACAGGGAUAACAAUGUUUUUUUAUAUAAAUUAUACAAAUCUACUGACAGAAGAAGAAAAGAUAACAUGUCUUUGAAACUGCUUACAAUAUUCUGUGAAUCUGUUGUUCCUUUGUUUGAGUAUUCUGAAUGUACUUGGUUCAUUAAGUAGUUAUAAAAGGAAUAUAUUGUAUAAAAUACUGAAGAACUGAGAAGAGUUUAUCACUUUUUUAAUUUGGGGAGGAAAUACUUUAUACAGAAAUGUGUUUUUCAAAUAUGCAAUAUGUUUACUAUGAGGAUGAUCUCAGGGGGGAAGUAAAAUAAAGAAUAAAGGUAUAUUUGAAAUAU